AUGACUAGUCAGUUCGAAGAAGAUAUCCACGACCGGGGAGAAUGUAAGAGUAAAUCGCCCACUCUGCUCUCCUCCUAUUGUAUAGACAGUAUUCUGGGCCGACGGAGCCCCUGUAAAGUCAGGAUGAUAGGGGCGCAAAGUUUGACAGCUCUACCGGGGAGACAGGAGCAAGACAAGCAGACCGAAGGUAAGACAACCCCGCUCAUGAAAACAUGGCUCUUCAACUGGGGAAAGGUUUGCUGCAUGCUCCAAGGACAUGUUUUGGUUGUUGAAUAUAGGCAAUAUAACGGUGUGUGUUUAUAACAUGAUAAUAAACCAUCAACAUAAAGCAUUGGCUACAGCUGACUGCAGAAUGGUAGUAAAAAUUUGAUAAUAAUGAUCCAUCCGAUUAAAAGUGUCUUGAGUUUGUGUGACAGUUGAAAAUAAGAUAUUUGUCAACUUUAUCGUCAAUACGAUACAUAGGCUACUCUAAUGUGCAUGCAACUGUAGACAGAAAUAAUACAUUUUCAAGUUUAUUCAAACAUUAUCACUGUAAUGCCUUCUGCAUAAAUUUGCAUUGAACUAUGCGCCUUGUUGCGCUCCAGGCUCCAUUUGCUUUUCCUUCACUUACACAUGUCUCGUCAACCUCUCCAUACCUUUGUCACCCUCCCUAUAGGCUCGACUAAAGACCCCCUAUCCCUAGACACAGACAUGCACCUUCCACCAAAGCUGCGCCGGCUCUACGGACCAGGGGGGAAGUACCUGGACCACGGCCGGGGUUUAGUUCACGACCUAGGGGAGAAAUUGGACAAGGAGAGGCUCCUGGUGGACCAAGCCUGCGAGAGCCUCAAAAUCAUCCAGGCUCCACAGGUGAGCAUCAGCCGGAGCAAAUCGUACCGGGAGAACGCGUCCCUGAUCCGGGGAGAGGGAGGCCAGAGUCCCGUUGAAGGGCCGGAAGAUGGGCCUGGGCUAAGGCUGGGCGAGUUAGGGUCGAUGAAGUUUGAGGAGGACGCGGGGAAAGAGGAGGAGAGCUGCGGGGAGGCGAUGGGUCUCUCCCCGAAGGACGACGAGAGGGAGAGCCUCCACGCCGGGGAUGGAGACGUGAGGGACGGCGAGGACAGCGUGUGUCUGUCGGCAGGCAGUGACUCGGAGGAAGGGAUGCUAAAACGCAAGCAAAGAAGAUACAGGACUACAUUCACCAGCUAUCAGCUGGAGGAGCUGGAGAGGGCUUUCCAGAAGACACACUACCCGGAUGUCUUCACCAGGUACAGUAUAGGCUACAGUUACAGCACAAACUCAGGUAUUCAUUCAUAUGCAACAUCUCUAACAUGAACACCAUCAUUGAUGCAACAUCUACAAUAAUGUCACCCAACCAAGUCUCAUAACAUCGUUUAAAUACACGUUUUGGAUAGACGUUUCUAUUUCACGUUACAAUUUUUCGACUAAGCUACAUUAAUUGCAUGCUACAUAACGAACAACAAGUAGCAGUAUGCCUACUGUAGUAAUAAUAAUAAUAAUAAUAAUAAUAAUAAUAAUAAUAAUAACGGAAUAGUUCAAGUUGGAAAAUAUAACAUUAUUUUAUCUUUACAGAGCCUGAGAUACAACUACCAGAGGCAAACAUAUAACUCAGAAAAAUGUGAAAGAAUGUCACAAAUCUGCUAUAUCAUACCAUGGUGUAUUAACUUUUAUAACAUGAGGUCAAACAUGCACAAGCCUUGUAAUGUGUGAUGCCUAUGUUUUAAUUUUGAUGUCUGUGGUAACAACAUUAAAACCCUUUAUUGUCACUAUUUAUGUUUAAAAAAAUAGUAGGCCUAGAAAACAGUCCACUUUUUAUCCACUUAGGUAAUUCAACCCGUCUAUAAUUCGACACUGGUGCGUUGACACCUACCGUGUAGCCGAACCAGUGCCUUACAUAAGGCAGAACAAUAGCUUAAAGUGGGAGCACCAAUCCGUUUUGUCACAUUUACCUCAUCUCAUUGUUAUCGGCGAUAUGGAUAUUAUUCUCAUAUGGAAAAUGAGCUGGUGGCAGCUUGUCCGUGCGUAAUGCUGAUCUUUUCAACGCAAUUUAGGUUUCUGGGCCUGCCCAAGCUCAAGGGUAUAACACGCACACACACACAUACACUCACCCACCCACACACACGGUGACGCACACCUCAACUCUUUCUUGAUUCAUUCAUUAGCUGACGGUCUAGGCUACGCAUCUCGAGAGAAGAGAGGAAGUGAAAACAGCAUUUUACACAAAUCCACCUGUUACUGACAAAUAAAGGCAAAUAAUGUUUGUGAACACUGAUUUUUGGCAGUGGCAAAUUAAUUUAAUCAUAUUAAAUCGUGUCUAUUUUUUCAUUUUUUGUUUAGGCUCCACAUAGGCUACUGGCAUAUAAUUCUAUUUCAGACUCAUUAUGUUUUGCUCCUCAACCACGUCAUGAAUUGUUUUUCUUCUUCUUACUGAUGAAUUGAGAGUAAGUCACUGCUAAGGCUGGUGUUUUUUGUGGACAUUUUUUAUACACGAGUUGCUCCUACUUAUUUUUGAUGCAAUAGACUACAAAAUGUAGGCCUAGAAGGGAAUUUCAAAUGUAUUUUUUUUCAACCAAACAUGAAAACCUAAUAUUAUUCUAAAAACAAAUGUAUUCUAGCUAGGCCUAUAUGUGUUUUCAGGACCCCACAUGUAGAGUUGAAUAUUUCGAUUUGAGAUGAGAUUUCUCUUAUUAGCCUAUUAUCUUAUUGUAAUUUUACUAUUACAGAAUGGAAUAUUAUUAUGCAUAAUGAAAUUUACAACAGGCUUCAGAAUGUCAUAAUUAUUUUCCAUGCAUGCAGCAGACAGACAGUGGCUUGUGUUAGCCUAUCGCUUUCAGCAAGGUAAAUCAUCUAUAGGACACGUUCAAGAUAAGGAAUAGAAAAUAUAAUGUUUUAAACGGGGUAAUUUAUUUGGAAAAUAUUAUUUAACAAUGGCAACAUGAGCCAAAUAAUAAAUAUGCUAUUGUUGAUCGAUGUUUUUGUAUCGAUGUGCGUUUAUUAUUUCUUAGGCGAAAUUGUGGUAAUCAAUUUGUGCAGGUAUAGACUUCUCUUUCAGCCAAGCGCUCGAUGUCUUUGUAAUAGUUUGGGUGUCAUUAUUUCCAAAUUCCACCAUUAUGUUGUUCGACUGACUCUAAAGAAAAGCGGUUGUAUAAGGCAGCUAUUAUGGGCAAAAAAAGACAGAUUACAAUACAAUCACCCUGACAAUUUCUCUCAAACCAUCGUAAGGAAAAUAGCAUAAAUGACCGUCGUUUCGCUGUGGGUUUUCGGUGUCUGAAAAAUAACAAUUUUCUUGUAUUGUUACCGGUGCGGGAUAGAAAAAAAAAACAGUUGAGUUCUCGGUCAAAAACGGUAACCUCUUUCCUUGCCUUUUCAGAGAGGAGCUUGCGAUGCGGCUGGAUCUCACCGAGGCGCGAGUCCAAGUAAGUGGCUUUUUAACGUUUUAUUGCUGCAAUUAUGGCUGACUGUCGCUUUCAACUAAAAUGCUUAUAUAAUAACACUUAAACAUUUCAAAUAGGUUAUUGAAAUAGGCUACCAAAUUAGAAACGAAUAUAAAAGCCAGUAUCACUUAGGCUUAGAUUAUGUAAUGAAACAAUUCCUAUUUUAUUAUUAUUAGGCCUAUGUCUUGUUAUAUUAUAAUAAUCAAAAACAUCAAAUGCAUAUUUAUACAAUGUAGGCCUAACAUAAUUUCCAAGCAUCUUCAGAUUUACACCUUCAUAGAAUCAUAAUUUUACUAAGUAUAAUUAUUUGUGUUUUCCAAUAUGCCUAUGUUAUUUGCUGGUUUUUUGUUGACAUGACGCAUACACUAAAGUAGCCACAAGUUCAGGCCUUUAGCAGUAGCCUAUGGAUAAAAGUCUUUAUGAGGGUCUGAGUGAUUUACUACCCUGAGAUGUGUUAAAUGACCCCAAUUGCUGCGUAGCGAAGCUCCAUCCUGUUAUUGGAAGUUAUUACAUGCACUGAGGGACGUUUUAACGGUAAUUAAGCGGACGCGGACGAUUCAUAAAAGCGCACUUAGCCCAAGAGCAAACACGAGCUAUUCUCAGGGAGAAAAUGGUAUUUGAAUUACCUUUGCCGGAACGAGAAAGGGAGAGAGGAGGAAGAGAGGGAGGGGGGAGAUGGAGAGAGAGAGAGGAGAGGGGAGGGGGGAGAGGGGUGGCUGCAGGAUAAUGCUAUUUGAUUUCUCAUUUUGUGAUUGCAAUAGAGCCGCAUUGAUCCGAUGCUUUGCACUUGGAGCGAAUGAGAGACCAUUAAAGGUGUUUGCUCCCCCCCACCCCCCCCCCCACCCCUCCCCAUCUCCUCUCCUCUCCCGCUCCUCUCCCAUCUCUCCAUAGAGAGCGUGGCUUGCAUGUAUUAGCCCAGGGCUCAUAACCAAAGAGACAGUUCAAACACAGCGAUGCUCCGUCUGGGGUUACGGCCGGUAUAAAACAACAGAUGUCCCCUCGCGGGACCGUAGGUGAACAAAUCACUUAACGGGCGCCAUCGGGAGGUGAUAAAAACUCGUAAAUUCCCGAGGGGCCGUGUAAUGCUAAACAGCUUCCAACGGGAAUAGUGUGUGAAUGUGUGUGUGUGUGUGUGUGUGUGUGUGUGUGCAGGGCUAAUAUCGUUCACUUUCUCUUACUGUUGACAUUUUCUUCCAUUGUUAGAGCCCCUGUUUCAGCAGCGCAAUAGGCAAGGUGGGCGGGCGUGGGAAAGUUAAAUACCCUUUGGAAAUGACUUGUUCAACAUUUUGAAGAAUUUAAUUUAAAGCGCAUUAAUUGUUAUUGGACUCUGUUCAGCUGUUAUUCUCCCCAUCUUUUGUUAACACGGUUCUUAAUUACCGCGCGCCACAUCAAUCUCAGUAUAUCAGUCAGACUGCAGGGGGAACUGAUUUUAAUUAGCUAACUUUAGACUAACGGACCAUGAGGGAGCGCGGGUUUUAGUGCGUGUGUAAUUACCGCUGACUUUCCGCCUGUUUGUCACCUCAUGAACCAGAGCGAUGGGAUCUUCCGUUUACACAGGAGCUUGCGCUCGAGCAGGUUCGGUGUGGCAUAGCAAGGGUUUCCCGAUAUUCCAAAUGUAGGCCGCUGCCUAAACAGCCUUAUGUCACCUUAUAUCGCUCCAAAGUUGUUCAUGUUUCUCAAUAUCAAUUUGUAGGUAGCCAGCAUGGGCAGACAACUUUGUUUUAUUCUGUUCUAUUGUAUUCUAUUCACUCAAUCUGAUGAACCUGUACAAAAUUAAAUGUAGCCUACCUAUAUCUAUGUUGGCUAACCUCUGACCUCUCUCCCACUCUCUCUCUCUAGGUAUGGUUUCAGAAUCGUCGUGCUAAGUGGCGUAAGCGUGAGAAGGCAGGUGUCCAGACGCACCCCUCUGGACUCCCUUUCCCCGGCCCCCUGUCAGCCGCCCACCCCCUCAGCCACUACCUGGAUGGGGGUCCCUUUCCCCCACACCCUCACCCCAUCCUAGAGUCUGCCUGGACAGCUGCUGCUGCCGCUGCAUUUCCUGGUCUGGCUCAUCCCCAUAGCAGCCACUCAGGCCAGCACCUAGGGACACCGCUGGGCCUCGGAACAUUCCUGGGUACAGCCGCCAUGUUCCGUCACCCUGCCUUCAUGGGACCCACCUUCGGCAGGUGAGACAAUAGGUACCUCUACUUACAUAAAGUUGUAUACUUAACACCUGUACUGUACCCUAUAACACCACCUCACACCUGUACUGUACCCUAUAACACCAUAUCACACCUGUACUGUACCCUAUAACACACCACCUCACACCUGUAAUGUACCCUAUAACACCACCUCACACCUGUACUGUACCCUAUAACACCAUCUCACACCUGUACCGUACCCUAAAGCACCACCUAACACCUGUGACCAUCAGCAUCCACCAUCAUCAGUACUAUUAAGCUGGUGAUUGCAAAUACCUGGAGAAGCCAUUGACAUUCUGGUCUAACACUCUCUUCUCUCUCCCAUCCCUUCAUCUCUCAUCCCUUCUUCUCUUUCAGGCUCUUCUCCAGUACGGGCCCUCUGACCAGUGCUUCCACCGCCGCCACUCUCCUCCGCCAGCCUGCCCCGCCCGUCGAGACUCCCUCCAUCCCUCCGCCGGUCCUCUCCAAACCUUCCUCCUCUCCCUCCUCCUUAGCUGCAGCGGAUCGCAGGGCCUCCAGUAUUGCAGCUCUGAGGCUGAAGGCUAAAGAGCACUCUGCUCAGAUCACCCAGCUCAACAUCCUGCCCAGCGGAGCUCCAGGGAAGGAGGUGUGCUGA